CUGCUCGGAUUUUUUUCAUUCAAAAAUAUCAAACCCCCUCUUGUUCCGUUAUCUUCACUCUGUGCAGACACAGACCAAGAGGUAGAAUGGUGCUCACUGCUUCGCUAACUCACACUUCAUUUCUCAAACUCUCAUCUUCCUUCCAUGGCGAAGUAUCACCUUCCUCUUCAACUUCCUCCCUUUUUACUGGCUCCCCACUCACUCUCCCACGCUCUACUACCCUUCACGGAAAUCAAUCACUUUCAAGAAAGCACUUUGUGGUUUUUGCUCGGAAGUUGGCUGGGUUGGAGGAGGCCAUGAAAAUCAGAAGAGAACGUGAACGUCAAGUUCUAACAAAGUCUAAAAGGAGUCCACCGUUGAGGCGUGGGAGAGUAUCACCACGUCUCCCUGUUCCUGAUCACAUACCAAGGCCUCCUUAUGCAGCUUCAGAAAUACUACCAGAAAUUUCAAGUGAAUAUCAAAUUCAUGAUUCUGAAGGUAUAGCUAACAUGAGGGCUUCAUGUGAGCUUGCAGCAAGGGUCUUAAACUAUGCAGGAACAUUGGUUAGGCCGUCUGUUACAACUAAUGAAAUUGAUAAAGCAGUGCAUCAGAUGAUAAUUGAUGCUGGUGCUUAUCCCUCACCCCUUGGCUAUGGUGGAUUUCCAAAAAGUGUGUGCACAUCAGUUAAUGAGUGCAUGUGCCAUGGAAUACCUGAUUCUAGGCAGUUACAGAAUGGUGACAUUAUUAAUAUUGAUGUGACAGUAUACCUGAAUGGAUAUCAUGGGGACACGUCAAAGACAUUUUUCUGCGGGGAAGUCAGUGAUGAAAUGAAAAAUCUUGUUGUGGUAACUCAAGAGUGCUUGGAGAAGGGAAUAGCUGUUUGCAAGGAUGGUGCUCCUUUUAGAAAAAUUGGCAAGAGAAUCAGUGAGCAUGCUGCUAAGUAUGGCUAUGGUGUAGUGGAGCGGUUUGUUGGGCAUGGUGUGGGAAAAGUGUUCCAUUCUGAGCCAAUUAUUUUACAUCACCGCAAUAACAAAGCAGGUUGCAUGGUUGAAGGUCAAACAUUUACAAUUGAGCCUAUCCUCACAUUGGGAAGCACUGACGCCGUUACAUGGCCAGACAACUGGACAACAGUAACAGCCGAUGGGUGUCCAGCUGCACAGUUUGAGCAUACCAUUUUGAUAACAAGGACUGGUGCUGAGAUUUUGACUACAUGUUGAUACGUAUUUUUCUUUCUUUGUUUUUUCUUCUAUUUUUUAUUUUAAUAUUCCUUGUUUCAUGCUGCAAGCCUGCAACAUCUAGAUACUUUUUCUAUUUGUAAAUAAUAUCCAUCUUAAAUUUGCUUCCGGAGCAUUAUGCACAGGUAGGUAAAGAUUGUUUGAGGAACCAUAUAAAACGUUCUGAAACCUAGUAGCUAGUAUAAACAGAGCUUUACCGGUUCAUGCUUUUAUCAUCAAAUAGCAGUAUAUUGUUGGCUAGUUACUACAAUUUGGUAUUUUGGUGGUUGUUCUCUGUCGUGUCCUCUUUUUUUUAUUUUUCGGUUCAAAGUGAGAGAUUAGGGAUUUCGUAACAUCAUAGACAGAUAGCACUUUUAGUAACAGUGUAGUUCAAGAUCACUAACUCUGUGUGUCCAAUUUAAUGCUUUUAAAUUAUCGUAAAGGGACCGCUGAGGCUUGGCAAGAAUGGAGGAUUUGUUGGGCAUCCCAAUAUGCUAUACCAGGGUUCAAAACCUGGGUUUAAACAAGGAAUGGAAGCAGCUGAGGCUUUAGCUUAGUGGUCCAUCAUCAUGCCUCAAAUGUGCCGCAUCUGGGUUCAAGUCUCACUAGAGACAGUGGAUGAACCCUUAAUAGAGUGUGAAUGUGUGUGCGAGUUGUAUGACCAAAAAAAAAAAAGAGUGGAAUAUAAGCCAUAGUAGUGUCUAAGGGGUGUGUGAGUCUGUGUAGUGUAAGAAAAAAAAAAAUUGUA